AUGACCAUGUUACCGUAUGGUCAUGUACAUAAAUUUUUUCUCACAACUAGUUCUAACAACACCGUGAUCUCAUAUCCGGAUCUACUCCACCGACACAACUCAGUGCCACAACAACCACAUAACUUCGAUCCCUCCGUGCCUCUGCCUUACAACACACCCUCACUGUCAGCUCCAACCACUGCGCCGAUCGUUGAUGAGUACACACUCUCUACCGCACCACCGUUGCAGUUACUCGCCCAGCUUCCGUGUAUCCAUAACCCGCGAUUUCGAAGUAAUUCUGGUUCUCAAUCCCCCAUCACAACACCUCCGAGCCGUAGCCCGCAAAGAUGCAAAUACUUCCGCCUCUGUUCCGCUCCGACGAACACGACAGACUUCUUUGACACCCACCAGAUCCGUGACUCCAUCAACAGCCGCCGUUCAAGAAUAAGUCAUGAUGCAGAAGCCCAUGUAUCCAACAACCAUGUCUCCAUGAGCUCCGUGCUUUCUGAUCAACACCAUAAUCUCCAGCUCUGA